UAGGCCCCGCGGGCGGUGGCGGGCGGCCCGUGAUGCUGCGGCGCCUGCUGGCAGGGCUAGCAGCGGCAGUCCUGGGCCGGUCCCCUCCGGACGGUAUUGCAGGCUUUCGCUAUGGGGCUUAACUACAGUCUUCUAACUCCCCUCAAGACUGAGACUGAUAGCACGUCCAUGCACUCUGCUUAAUAGCUCGACCUUCCCAACUAGGGAAUGUCGGGACCCAGGCCUGUGGUGCUAAGUGGGCCAUCGGGGGCCGGGAAGAGCACCCUGCUGAAGAAACUGCUCCAGGAGCAUGACAGCAUCUUUGGCUUCAGUGUGUCCCAUACCACAAGGGAUCCUCGGCCUGGCGAAGAGAACGGCAAAGAUUACUACUUUGUGACAAGGGAGGUGAUGCAGCGGGACAUUGCUGCAGGUGACUUUAUCGAGCACGCCGAAUUCUCAGGGAACCUGUACGGGACAAGCAAGGCAGCUGUGCGGGCCGUGCAGGCCAUGAACCGCAUCUGCGUGCUGGACGUGGACCUGCAGGGCGUGCGGAACAUCAAGAAAACUGACUUGCAGCCCAUCUAUAUCUCAGUUCAACCACCCUCACUGGAUGUACUGGAGCAGCGGCUGCGGCUUCGCAACACUGAGACCGAGGAAAGCCUGGCCAAGCGGCUGGCUGCUGCCCGUGCUGACAUGGAGAGCAGCAAGGAGCCUGGCCUGUUUGACUUGGUCAUUGUCAACGACAACCUGGACAAGGCCUACGCAACACUGAAGGAGGCACUCUCUGAGGAAAUCAAGAAAGCACAAGGGACCGGCCACACCUGAGGAGGUCUGUUCUCCAUUCCAGGGGGCACUUCUUAUGCCCCAUCCUUCCCAGGCUCCAGGCAGGGUCUGGCCUGGGCACCUAGGACCCAUGCAGGACCAGGGAGGGGUGCCCACUAGUGGGGUGCAUGGAACUGCUACCUUGGCUGGCCACAUGGUGGCUCUGUACUCUUAGCUGGCACCCAGGACCUGGGGUUGGAGGAGGUGUUGUCCACUUUCCUCACUCUCUGUGAUCAGAGGACCCCAGGGCUUCCCCAGUCUGCCCUCCUUGGGCUGUCCUCUGUCCCUAUCCCUGUCCCUCCCGCUGGAGCCGGGGUUGACAUCUUAAUAAAAUAACUGUUGGAUUACAAUGUG